CCCAUUGCCUCUCUUUGCCUUUUGCCUUUUUAUCUGCAUUUCUUCCCACAGUGACAUCCAACCCACUUAUAAAACACCUUGCUCCUUCACACAUAACACUCCUAACACACUCUCUCCCCUCCAUUUUCCUUUCCUCUUUCAAAACCCAGAUAUAUAUAUAUAAUUAUCCAAAUUGGGAACUUCAUAGCAUGGACAACCAGCGUAGCCCUCUUAUAACUUGGGCUUACUACUUCCAGGGAAAGUCAAUGGAGGAGCUGAGGCAGUCUCUCAUAUGCACAACUCUGGAGCUUGAACAGACAAGGGCUGCAGUGCAAGAAGAGCUCAGAAAGAGAGAUGAACAACUACUCAACCUAAAGGAACUCCUCGGCAAAACCGUCAGAGAGAGAGAUGAAGCGCAAGAGAAAUGCCGGAGACUACUCUUGGAGAAGAUAGUUUUCCAACACCAACAACAAGCAGCUCCUGUGUCUGGAAUUUCUAGCAUUGAGGAUGAGCCAAGAAGAGGAAUUGACUCCAACAAUGGCCUCUCCUCAUCAGAUUGUGAAGAGAGCAUUGUUUCCUCUCCUGUCAUCGACCAUCUGUCUCAACAUCAACCCCAGUUACAACCACAGUUACCACAAUCCAUGAUUGAACUAACACCAGACAAACCAUUACCAGAAAAGGGUAAGCUCUUGCAAGCAGUGAUGAAAGCCGGUCCUCUCCUUCAGACCCUUCUCCUUGCAGGACCUCUUCCCCAAUGGAGACACCCUCCUCCACCACUUGAGUCCUUCGAGAUUCCCCCUGUCACCAUACCUUCACCACUCCCACAAUCACAACCACAACCACAACCACAACUCCUCCACCAUGAUUCCUUUCUUAACACUGACGGUAGUAGCACCACAUCCAACUGCGGAAGGGUUAGUCGAAAAAGGGUCUUCUGUGAUGGCUCUGAUUCUCCCACCGAGACCAAGUACCAAAGGCUUGUACUUCACUGACUUACUUCCCACAAGUCAGAUUCACAUAUUUAGUUUCUAAUUUAUAUAUAUAUAUAUUUAUCCGCGCAAGUUUUAGGAUUAGAGGGUAAGAGUAACAAGCUGGUACGCGACUGAUCUAGCUUCUGUACAGUGGUUGUUCACUUGUUCUAGGACAGAACACAAGUUAUCCGGAUUUAACUCAUUGAGAGAGAAGACAAGGAUGAUGAAGAAGUGCUUGGUUUAGGCUUGCUGGCUUUACUUUGGUGAAGAUUUGUCCUUGACAUUUUCAACUCUUCACAUUCAACUUUUGCUUCAUAGGGGCCUUUAUUUGAUUUCUUUUAAACUGUUACUAUUAUUACUAUCAUGUAACAAAGAUACUGUAGUCCAACAAGCAUUUAGUAUGAGUGUGUGUGUGGGUGUGAAGUGAGAUUGAUUGAUCUCUGUAAGAUCACAUCAACAGUUAAGAGAAAUGGUUUGGAGUUGGUGGAUUGUGGAGAUGAGUGUGUCCAACGACCAAAGGGAAGGUUUUUGAGUUCUGCUUGCGGGUUGGGUGGACCCAAAAUUUAGGAACACAGGAUCUGUUACCGGUGUGGUGUAUGAUUAUGUUAAGCCUUUGUUAGGGUUGUUAUCAUUAUGCAGGUCUAAUCUUGUGCUUUUCCAAA